CCAGAAAAUGCUGAUUUUAUUUUAUUCACUGCUGAUGCUCGGAGUGGGCCGAUGCACAGAUCAGAUCUUUGAGACAAAGACUGCGGUUGUUGGAUCUCAUGUGAAGCUGACAUGUACCCACAAGAAUUUGGGAGGCUUGUUUUGGAUCAGACUUGUUUCUGGAGAACUUCCUGUAUUCUUACGACGAAGCUUUAGCUCUGCUGGUGUCGAUCCUCACUUUACAGCCAAAGAAGAGCCGGAAGGAUUUGUUCUGCGUAUUAAAGAAGCACAGCUAAGUGAUACUGCAGUUUACUACUGUAUGAAAAUACAACAAGACCUGACAUUUUUGAAAGGAGUAGACCUGAGAGUUAAAGGACCAGAAACUGAUAUGACCACAGACCCUCUAUCUGAUCCAGUCAGUCCACGAGACUCAGUGUCUCCUCAUCAUCCAGUCCUCCCUGACCCUGAGACCAAAACGCAUCCAGGAGAGCAAACUGUGUGCUGUGUUGGAUCUGGAUCAAAUCAGUCUCACCCAACUUUUAGUUGCACUCCAGGAAACAGUGUUGAAGAGCAUGAAACGAACCCAGAAGGACUGCCAGCGAAGAAAUGUACCUUCAGCUUCUUCAAGAACGGCAGCUCCUCUGAUGCUGGGACUUAUUACUGUGCUGAGGCCACAUGUGAGGAGAUAUGUUUGAGAAAUGUACCAGAAGCAGUCGACAUGUGGGAUUCUCAGAGAGCCAAUACAAUUUUGUGUUUGCUAGCUUUGGCUAUAAGUCCUGUUAUUAUAGCUUUCCUCAUUUGUACCAUGAAGGCUCGUUGUCACAAUGGCACUGUAACCACUGUCGUCUUUACCAUGAUGAACACCGGCAGUGGUGGAGGGAGGGAUGCAAAAGCAGCAGAGAGAGAGAGGAUCUGCGCUGCUCUCAAGGCUUUUGGUUUUGAUUAGCAAUUCAGUCAGUUCCAGCAAAAUCUUGCAGAGCUUUUAAGUUAAGAUUUUUUAUACCUGUGAAUCAAAAACAGCAACCAACUCAAAAAUGUGUCCUAUACAAACAAAAAACCUAUAAAAGCUAUAUAAAAAAAAAAUCAGUAAACCUGAUUUGACAUUGUCAACAUGCUGAUUAUGCUCAUGUAAAAGUAAUGUCUCUCU